UGUUCAGUUUUCGGAUCGGAAUGCUUCAGCUCCGCGAACGGAACGGAUGAAUGAUUCCGUUCAUGAACGCCCAUCGCUAGCUCUUUCUUACUUCAGCUAUCGCCCGGAAAAGCCAUGUCUCCCGUGGAGAAAUCGGUCAAUGCGGUGAAAACCAAGCCUGCUGCUCAGAAGCCGGCUCAGAAGAAUGUGCUGCGCGGCAAAAAUCCCAUCAAGAAGAAGCGUGAGCACCUUCGGUAUGGCAUCGAUUGCACCAACAUCGCCGAGGACAACAUCAUGGAUGUGGCCGACUUUGAAAAGUAUCUGAAGGAGCGCUUCAAGGUAAACGGAAAGGCCGGCAACCUCGGCAGCAACGUGAGCUUCGAACGCCAGAAGAUGAAGGUGUACGUCAACUCGGAUGUGCAUUUCUCCAAGCGCUACCUGAAGUACUUGACCAGGAAGUACUUGAAGAAGAACAGUCUCCGCGACUGGAUCCGUGUUGUGUCCAACGAUAAGGAUUUGUACGAGCUGCGAUACUUCCGAAUCAGCUCGAACGACGACGAUGAGGAAGAGAACGAGUAAACCAGAACUGCUGGAAGUGGUGAAUGGUGCACUGUACUGGAGAUUUGCCCGUUUUUGUGAAAAUUCAAUACAAUGGUGGGAGAAAAACCGUAACAUCAUCGGCGGUUUUUACCAACAGUA